AUGUUAAAUCUUGAAAACAUAGAUUUAGUCAAUAGCACUUCAGAUCAAGUAAAAGUCAUGAGCUAUUCGUUCUUCAUUUGGACUUCUAUUUUUGCAAUCAUAAAUCAAAGAGUCCAUUUGAAGAAUCACCCCAAGAAAGUCUAGGAUGAUAUCAAAAACAGAAUUGUGUCAAUCAUUCAUGGUGCCCUCACCUUCUGGGCUGCUGCAUACAUAGUUUUGGUUGAAUAGCCAAGUUUCGGAGCAGCUAACUCCCAGACCAUGCAAUUUACAAUGAUAAUUAGUGCGUCAUACUUUGUCUAUGACUUCCUUGCCUGUCUCUACUACGACCUUGCAGACAUGUCCUUAGUCUCACACCAUUCCUUAGCCAUCUGUGGAUAUGCUGUGGCAACCUUUUCUAAAUUCGGAGCUCCAUCUUCAAUUUGGGGAUUGAUGUCGGCUGAAGUAUCCAACUUCCCUAUGCACAUGAGAGUAAUCUUCAGAUAAGUGGGAUUGAGACAUACCAAGUUGUAUGAGGCUUGUGAAUGGACCUAUUUCGCUUUGUAUAUCAUCUUCAGAGGUUCUUUAGUUCCUUAUAUGGUAUGGAACACAUGGCCAGAGAGUGAAGUUCCCUUAUUGGUUAAGAUUACAGCCACUGGAUUGUUCCUAUAAUCAGUAUACUUCAUCUUCGAGAUGAAAAAGAUUCUAACAAGAUAAUACUUCCAAUAUCAAGAAAGAAAGAAGAAGAACAUCCAUCAUUAUUGGUUUUAGGUUAAUCCCAGAAUUCAAGAAUUAUCAUAUAUUAACAACUAAAAAAAAGACAAAGUGUUUUGAGUAUCUAUUUUUAGCAUAUAUAAAUUUAAUGUUUGUAAUAAUUAUCAA